AGCUACCAGGAAAAAAAGGCAAACCCCUCCAAGAUGGCGCUGCGCACGGUUUGCUCUACUACCUUGCGAAUUUGGCAAGAUUUAGGGGUCAGUAAUGCGAGGACGUUAGUGACAACAGCCAUCCUCUGUAAACGGGUACCUCCACUGGGUCCCAUGCCCAAUGAGGACAUUGACGUUGCAAAGCUGGAGUCAUUAGAGAUGUAUCGUAGCUACACCCGUUACUUCAAACAAGCUGAAGAAGCCAAGAAGAAAUCUGUGUGGUGGAAGACUUACAGAAGCUACAUGGAAAACGCUGAUCCUGAGCAUGGUGUUGAGCGAGUGGACAUCGGACUUCCGUACUAUCAACUUCACACGAUCAAAAAUGUGAAGGAGAGGAAGCAGGUGAUGGAGGAGAAUAAGAGGAAUGUUGAGUUGGAGAGGGCUUCUCGUCUGCGCACCUUGAAGAUCUCCCUGGAUCGAGUGCAGGAAACGUGGGAGAAGAGCAGCGCCCCCUUUCACAUAAGAAGACUGGCAGACCACUACGGGGUCUUCAAAGAUCUCUUCCCAAAUGCUUAUUUUCUACCUCAAGUCAUGAUCCACAUCAGUCAUGGCCAGGAAAACAGUGGACAACAUGUGUAUUAUGGGAAUCAGCUGACACCUACUGAAGCAGCAUCUACUCCAAACAUUAGCUUCGAUGCGGAGGAAGGGUCACUGUGGACCCUCCUGCUCACCUCUCCAGACGAGCAUCUGCUGGAUAAUGAGGCAGAGUACGUCCACUGGCUCGUGGGCAACAUCCCAGCCGGAGCAGUGCAGGCAGGACAGGAGCUGUGUCACUACCUGCCCCCCUUCCCCGCCAGAGGAACAGGCUUCCACCGUUACAUUUACAUCCUCUUCAAGCAGGAGGGCGCCAUCGACUUCCAGGAAGACAUCAGGCCGUCGCCAUGCCACUCCCUGAUGGAUCGCACAUUUAAGACAAUGGAUUUCUACAGAAAGCACCAGGAUCACAUGACACCUGCAGGUCUGGCCUUUUUCCAGUGCCAGUGGGAUGAAUCUGUCACCAACACCUUCCACAACACACUCAACAUGAGAGAGCCUGUGUUCGAGUUCAUCAGACCUCCAGUGUACCACCCUCCACAAGUCAAAUUCCCUCAUGGACAGCCCCUGCGCUACCUCGACCGAUACAGAGACGGGAAGGAACAAACCUAUGGCAUAUACUGAUCACGACACACACACACUCAGCUGAGAAAAUGCAAACACAUUUUCAUUUAUGUUGGAUUUAUGUUUGAAAUAUUCAUGUCACUGUAAUAAAGGCUUUUCAACUGC